AUGUUGUGUCUGGAUAUGCGCCUGGUGCAGCGACUCCGUGGCGAGCGUGCCACUGAAAAUAACACGGCCAGAGACCGGGAUCGGUCGAAGAGCGUGUGUGUGACGAGCUUCAGGAGCAAGCCUCCGAGGGACGUGAGCGCUUUCAAGCUUUUCCACAGGAGGGCCAGCAGUGCCAUCUCAACAGCUAGUGACCUCAUAUCUCGUAGAGGCGUUUUCUCCAGACGAUAUUAUGGAUCUGUGGAACAGCUGCAACAACCGGAAGUAGACGGUCAGGAACACUGUAGGAGAUUUAGGAUAGAAAAUGGAGAUUCUCCGGGAGAAAAAGAUGAGAUGUUUGGUUCCCCGAGCACUCCAGUCCUCGAGAAUCCCGAAUACCAAACAAGAUGGUACUUCAAGUAUUUCUUAGGAAAAUUGCACCAAAAUUAUGUUGGAUUAGAUAACGACAAAUCGCCUUUUUUUCUAAGUAUAGUCUUGAACGAAGAUAAUAACACAUGUGUUCCUCUUUGUCGUGCUAUUCUAUUUAAAAAAACGGGCGCACAGAAAAUAUCACUGCCCAUACUUCAAAACAAAGUUCUGACCGUAAAGCAAAUACUGUCCAAUUUCCCCAACAUGGAUAAAGUCGAGAAAGGACCAAAAGAGAUAUUCUCGCCGGAUAUCCAAAAAGACUUAUUGUUGUUAGAGGAACAAGAGGGCUCUGUCAACUUCAAAUUCGGUGUUAUUUAUAUGAAGCAGGGCCAGACCAGUGAUGACGAAAUAUUAAGCAAUGAAUAUGGUAGCUAUAAGUUCGACCAAUUUUUAUCAUUACUAGGAGACAAAAUUAAGUUAAGAGGUUGGGACAAGUACAGAGGAGGCCUAGACAUCAAAGGCGACAUGACUGGCAAAUACUCCGUGUAUACCAUCUACGAAGGGCACGAGAUAAUGUUCCACGUAUCGACGCUGCUGCCCUACUCCAGGGACAACCGCCAGCAAGUGGAGAGGAAGCGGCACAUAGGAAACGACAUCGUGAACAUAGUGUUCAUUGAUGCGGACGACCCAGAAAGUGUACACUCCCAGUUCAACCCCACGUGCAUCAAGUCACAGUUUACCCACGUCUUCGCCGUUGUCACGGUGGACGGCGACAAUCAAUAUCGACUUUCAGUAUUCUCCGAUGAAGCCGUGCCUCUGUUUGGACCCGGUUUGCCGUGUCCGCCGGUGUUCAGCGAUCCGUACCUCUUCAGGGAGUUCCUUUUAGUGAAGCUAAUCAACGGCGAGAAGGCGACGUUCGAGACGCCGACCUUCGCCAGGAAACGGGAGAGGACGUUGGAGAUGCUCAUCAAGGACUUGUAUUCGGAGCACAUGACAGACGCUAGAAUGACCAUGCUGAACCGCAGGGCCUUUUCCGACGUACUAGCCGAGACACCCAGGCACUCCCGCUUGAAAGAAGACUCCAGACAAAUCGAAUUCGUUCGUAUAGGCCAGGCGCUAAAACUGGAGGCGAUCGUGCGAGGCGACGCGCCAACGAGUCUGGCGUCUACAGGCAGCGCCGGCACCGUCUUCAAAAGGUCGCCCUGGGAGGCCAACUGCUUCUACCCCGUGUUCCCCUCCCAGACCAUAGUCAGCGCGGAUUCCUGGGGCGACAACAGGCUCAUCGUGGGGACGGAGGAAGGGGUGUAUGUCGUAGAAGACGGUAGCUCCCACCGCAUGAUCUUCGACAAGAGCCUACAGGUGCGCCAGCUGAACGUAGUGGAGCCCCACGGAAUUCUCCUGUUGCGCGGCGGUCAUUCCAACAAGGAAGGCAAGAUCUACGUGUUCAGAUUGUCCCAGAUCGAGUCCCUGGGCGAUACCCGGUCCCGCCUGGACGUCAAGGACCACCGCAUGGAGCGCACCAGAGGAACGAAUCUCUACGCCAUCUCCAGACCUGGAGGAGCUCGAUUAAGAAUGUGCGUUGCAGUUGGAAGAAAACUGCUGAUGUUCCAGUGGAAACAUUCUGCAGCUUGGACGGCCUGGUGUCCAGCUAGUGACACAGACACCAUUGAAGGAUUUACAUUUCUUUGGGAACUAAAUCUGAACGAAUCUCCAUCGAUGUUGACGAUACUCGACAGUGGCUGGAGUCCGCAUUCUCCAUCACAAGGCGACGUGUUAGUAUGCGUUGGUUACAAGAACCACUGGGAUAUCGUGAACGGUCGCACCGGCUACUCACAGCAUCUACACACAGUCGAGAGUACGAAGGCUCAUCUUGUGACAGCCCUCGACCUCUACGAGGACCAGGAAAUUCAGUUACUCUUGUGUUACAACCACACUUGCCAUUUUCAGAAAAUAAACGAAGAAAACUCAUCGUCAUCCAAUUUUGACUUUCAUUGGAACUCAGUGCCUACAGAUAUAGUUUGUGCUUUUCCCUACGUGAUCGCCUUCACCUCGAAUUCCAUGGAAAUCAGACUCAUCGUGAACGGGAACCUCAUCCACACCAUGACGAUGCCGAAGCUGCAACUAAUCGCCUCCAAGAAUGACAUCUUCUUUGCCACGACGGCCCCUGAAUUUUUCCCAAAUAAGACAGACAGGCUCUUCGUCGACAUUAGGCAGCAAGACCUGCAGAAGCAUUCUCCACCAUCUAGUCCAAAUGCAUCUCCAGAACUUAGACCUCUACGCAUCUACCGCAUCCCCAUCCACGCGCUGAGCCGCAACGUGAACCAGGACCACAGCUGCGUGACCAGCGGCUCCCCACCUACUUGGAAGUCGGCGGAAGCCAAAUUGGCAGUGCCCGAACAGCCACGAGUGUCCAGGAGCGCCACCAGCUCCCCUGUGCCGCCCAAAGUCAAGCAGCUGCAGGGGACUGUUAAGUGAUGAUCGAGGAACUCUUCCUUUCUGCUAUCGUAGUUAAUCGCGUCUCGCAGGGUUGGUGGGAAGGAAAUCAUCGGAUUGCGUGGAAGGAAAAUUGAUUGAAUUUUAACGGUUUGGGUUUGGGUGUCGGUUUCUGAAAUGAGACGGUAAAAUCAAAAUAUUGUUCCAAGUUGUGUGUUUGGAGUAUUACUUACUACAAAAUAUUUCUUCCUUGUACUGAGGCAUGUACUGAGAUAAUUAUUUCUUCUAAAUUGAUUAGUUAAGAGCUAUCGCUGCAGAUCUAGUCGACUGAGUUAAUAAUAUAGAGUGUAACAGCGAACUUGCGAUACAUUUUAAGGGAAUUUCCUCAGCCAAAUCAACUAAAAGAACAUGAGUAACUAUUUUUUUCUAAAACGAUUACUAAAUGCUCUAUGACCAUUCAAAAAUUGAAUAUGAAACGCAGUUUUUGGUAAUUUAUUCAAGAAUUAUAGAAUUCAUAUUUGGUACAGUCCAAGUCUUUCCUAGUAGUGGCGUUGAAACCCAACCCAAUAGGUUUAACCCAACUAGAGAUCAACCAGAAUAUAGACACAUAAUAAAAUUUGAUUAAUACCUUCCUCUAAAAUACAAAAACAUAAUACACAAAACAUAUACACAUAUGCUUACUAUUACCUAAGAAGUAUCUAUACAUGCGUGUUUAGAGUUAAAUAAAUAAAAGAGUAUUGGAUAUUACAAUUAUAUGCUUUGAAAAAUUAAUUAUCAAAAU